UUUAUUCCGGUAUAAGUUCACAUUCGAGUUGUGGUGAUGUGUUAAGACAGCAGCCUCUUUGCCCACAACCAACAGCCCUGGGUGGCACAGAAGAACGUGACGUUAUGACAUCUGAAGAAAGUAACGAAAACCGCAGCACCAGCAAAACCUUUGAGAUUUUUUACAGGAAAAACUACAGCUCUGAUUAUCCUGAUGACAGCCGUGCACACUGUUCUAAGGAUUUAUUUGCUAAUCAUAAACAAUGCCAAGACAGGAAGGAUAAGAAAAUUGACAGAUAUAUUAAAUAUUUGGCUAAGAUAGAUAAUAUGGAGCCUGUAAACACAGAACAGACAUCUACCUUUAGAGAAGGCUCACGUAUAUGGCCAUCCAAUGACGACAUCCUCAAAACUCUGAAGAUUAUUCAAAAACAAUGCUACAGCCCUAGAGGUUCCUAUGGAAAUCGGAUGGUCAGUCAAACAAACAGUGAGUCAAGUUGUACUGAAGCUUUGCCCAGCGAUCCUACAACAUGCAGAGAUCGCCGUGAAGUCGAGGAAGAACCUGCCUUUGGUCAGCAGCCUGCAAAACAACUCGGUCUUAAAAAGAAAAAGAAAUCUCCGCGUGUAAAUGACAAUGACGAUGACAACCACGAAACCUUUGCAAUGAUUCGCCAACAAAUGUACAGCCCUAGAGGUCCCUAUGGAAAUCAGAUGGUCAGUCAAACAAAUAGUGAGUCAAGUUGUACUGAAGCUUUGCCCAGCGAUCUUACAACAUGCAGAGACAGUCAUGAAGUCAAGGAAGAACCUGCCUUUGGUCAGCAGCCUGCAAAACAACUCAGUUUUAAAAAGAAAAAGAAAUCUCCGCGUGUAAAUGACAAUGACGAUGACAACCACGAAACCUUGGCAAUGAUUCGCCAACAAAUGUACAGCCCUAGUGGUCGCUAUGGAAAUCGGAUGCUCAAUCAGCUUGAACCUUCAGAUUUGGCCUCUUCCUCCUUCGAUCAACAAGCCAACACUAGUAGUAACAGCGAUUUACCUAGUGUCAGCAACAAAGCUUCAGGUGUGAACCAGCCCAUCACGUCAACAACGAAUCAAGGUAAUGUAAUAAAAGCACACAAAGUGAUGUACAGAAGAAGAAAAACAAGAAAAAACAAUACGUUCCAUAAUGACCACAAGUAUUCUGCCAUUUUCUAAAAUGUAGCCAUGUAAAUUAAUUAGUGUAGAGGUAAAUAAGUCUGAUAGGAGAAGCUCUUUAGGACCUUUAGUCAUGAUUAGAAAAAGGUAGCAGCAGGUAGCAACAACCACAGGAGGCUCUAAAGCGACAGACUAAAUGUACACGGCUAAAGAAAUGCAGUUAGCGUAUAACCAGAAUUACUAUUUGUAGUUCUUAUUAUUUUCAACUAUUACCAUUUCAUUACAUGUACUCAAAUCUAAUCUAAUCUAAUCUAAUCUAAUAUAAUAUAAUAUAAUAUAAUGUACACUAAUCUAAUCUAGCCUAAUCUAAUCUAAUCGAACCUAAUCUAAUACAACAUGUCUCUUCGUACUAAUAUUUUGAGUCAAGGUUCAGACAGCACCAGAAGGAAGAUUCAACCCUGAAUGUACCUCGAUUAGCUCUUCAGUAGCUGGAUUAGCUCCCUGCCCAAGAAUUGAACCCUGGCUGCAGACCACAAGGCUUUCU